UGCAGACGCCUUGUUAUCCUCCGAAGGACCUGUCAGUAUUCCAACAUGGCGGCGUCCAUACGGUUGUGCUGUGCCCUCCGCAUCUCAAUCGGAGGCGUGGCCCCUCUCCGCACCUUAGGGGGGGCUUUGCAGGUGUCCCAGUCAGCUAAUCGAACCUCAGCUGUCUCUCUCCAAAGAAACUCUGCUCCUCCACUGGUCCAUCCGACAUUGUGGCAGCAAACCAGGCAUGGCAGCUUCUUUAACAAGUUGACUGCUGAUGAAUUAUGGAGAGGUGUAUUGGCAGAAAUGGGUGCUGGAGCCAGGAAGGGCAGAGGCAAGAGAACCAAACGCAAGCUGAAGAGGGAUCUGAACCGAGGACAGAUCAUUGGAGAAGGUCGCGCCGGUUAUCUUUGGCCUGGUCUGAACGCUCCAGUGCUGAAGGACGGGACUCUGCAGAGUAUGAGUCGAAGAGGCGAGACUGAGCAGCAGGAGGUGCAAGCUGAGAUAGUGCGUCAACGCGACGAAUGGGAGAAAAAGAGGAAGAUGAGGAUAAAACGGGAAAGAGGAUGGACAGGAAGUUCCUGGGGGGGCGUCAGUCUCGGCCACCCAGACCCUGGACCCAAUGGAGAAACUUAUGAGGACUUUGAUUCUCGUGUCAUUGAGGUGAAGAGUGUGUUCAACAUGACAGCCAAGGAGGGCAGGAAGAGGUCUGUCAGCUGUCUGGUCGCUGUGGGAAAUGGAAAUGGAGCUGCAGGUUUUGCAUUGGGUAAAGCAGCAGACAGAAUGACAGCUCUGAGGAAGGCCAAGAACAGAGCCAUCCACUACUUAUACUACAUAGAGCGAUACAACAACAGAACCAUUUAUCAUGACAUCGAUUCCAAGUUCAAGAGGACAACACUCCGCAUGCAGAAGCAAGAUGAAGGUUAUGGUCUGCACUGUCACCGGGCAGUCAUCACUCUGUGCAAACUGAUUGGCAUACAGGACAUGUACUGCAAAGUGGAGGGAUCUGUCAAUCUACUCAACGUCACCAGAGCCCUCUUCAAUGGACUAUCCAAUCAGCAAACCCACCAGAUACUGGCCGACAAGAAGAAACUCAACGUGGUGGAGUUUCAGUCGCAGCGAGGCAUGCUGCCCAUAGUAGUGGCGAGUCCUAAAGAAGGAGUACGAGUGGACCCCGAGCCUCAGGAUGAGAUCCCAAACACCAGGCUGCACUGGGACGACGUGAAAGCCGCACAGGGGACCAAGCGCUCGAUCUGGGCGGGUGUCAAACGCACCAUCUGGUAGUGUGGGAGUUAGCUGAUUGGAUCUGGCCAAAGGACAGAUGAGUUGACUCACAGAGGCAACAUGAGUCAGAGGCAGGGUCUCACAUUUGGCUUUGAAAGAAAAGAUGAACAUAUGGGUGGAAUGAGUACAUUUUUCUCAAGCACAGUAUCCAUCUUAGCCAAAAAUAUCAAUAUUUUGAUGCUUUUGUCGGCUGAGUUUUCUCAAACUGUAGAAGGCUGAACUUGGAAAAUACUCUUACAGAUACAGCUCCCAAAGGUCAAUAUUGAUGCUUAGUAAAAUAAAGAUGUCCUAGAUGUCGAGAUCCUUUUUGUAACUGCAAAACAAAGAACCUUCUUCUUGCUCAACUUUGUGGGAUUGUUGCAAAAUACAGGAUGUACUUAAUAAAUAAAGCAGAGCUCUGUAAACACUGUGA